CCGAGGCCAAUGGCCACGCCCCUGGCCAACGCUCGUCACGGCGACUGCGGCUGCGCGGGAGAUUCGAAUCGGUAGCGGCUCCUCGCUCGCGGCACUGGUGGGCUUGCUGCUGGCCUUGUCCUCUCGCCAUGGAUGACCCGGAAAACGCCUUCCAAAUGUUCGAAGCCCAUAUGCAGCGGUACAAGGGCGAUGACCCACUUGGUGAAUGGGAAAGUUACAUGCAGUGGGUAGAAGAGAAUUUUCCUGAGAAUAAAGAAUACUCGACAACUCUAUUAGAGCAGUUAAUGAAGGAGUUUUUAGAUAAGAAGAGAUACCACGAUGACCCAAGAUUCAUCAACUAUUGUUUAAAAUUUGCUGAGUGCAACAGUGACCGUCAUCAGUUUUUUGAGUUUCUGUACAACCAUGGGAUUGGGGCACGGUGCUCCCGCCUAUAUAUAGCCUGGGCCGCACACCUGGAGGCCAGCGGAGAGCUGCAGCUCGCUGGCGCUGUCUUCCGGAGGGGCCUGCAGAGCCGGGCGGAGCCAGGCGAGCCACUGCGGCAGCAGUACAGGUUAUUUCAGACACGUGUCACUGAAACCCAGUUGCCAGCUCAAGCUAGAACCUCAGAACCUCUGCAUGACGCUCAGAUUUUAAACCAGAUGAUGACAUCAAAACCAAAUCCAGGAAAUAAUGCAGCCUGUGUUUCUAAGCUUCAGGGUUCAGAAGCUUCUGGAGUAACAUCUUCAGCUUGUGAUAAAGAGUCGAAUAUGGAACAAAGGGUGGUCAUGAUUUCUAAAUCGGGUUACUCUGCACAGCCCUCUCUGGCAGCCAGAGCAGACAUCCAGCAGAUGGUUAUGUACUGCAAGGCAAAGCUCAUUCGUGGGGACUCAGAAUUCUCCUUUGAAGAGCUGAGAGCCCAGAAGUACAAUCAGCGGAGAAAGCAUGAGCAGUGGGUAAAUGAAGACAGACAUUACAUGAAAAGGAAAGAAGCAAAUGCUUUUGAAGAACAGCUAUUGAAAGAGAAAAUGGAUGAACUUCAUAAGAAGUUGCAUCAAGUGGCGGAGCCACCACAGGAGAGCCUGCCUGCUUUCCAGGAGAGUCCUGAGGUUGACCCACUGUGCAUGGGGCCCAGUGUCGGCUCCAAGCAAGAACCGAGUACUCGGUCUCUGCCGGCUAUCACCCAGCAGACUUCAGAGCACCUGGGACAGAGACCCAGAGAGGCACCUCCAGCUGUUCCUCCUGAGGCAAAUGCUAUCACUGUAACUUUGGUGUCCCCAGCUGUCAGCCAGAGUAUGAUUCCUGCUCCUUUGACAUCACAGCCAGUGACAGACUCCAUGUUUGCAGCAGCCGGAAAAGAUGCCAGAUGUGUGACCAGAAGUACUCAUGGAUUCAAGCCGCCGAGUGGAGCAGAGCUGACUGGAGGGUGUGACACACACAAGGUUGUGAACACAGGUUCUUUUCACACGACUCCAAACACGUCGCUGGGAGUGGUCCAGGCAACGCCGUCCAUGGGGCAGCCAUCCCCCACCGUGCACACGAAGGAAGCCUUAGGCUUCAUCAUGAAUGUGUUCCAGGCUCCUACACUGCCUGAUGUGUCUGAUGACCAAGAUGAAUGGCCAUCUCUAGAUCAAAAUGAAGAUGCAUUCGAGGCCCAGUUUCAAAAAAAUGCAAGUUCUUCUGGGGCUUGGGGCGUCAAUAAGGUUAUCUCUUCUUUAUCAUCUGCUUUUUCUGUGUUUGAAGAUGGAAACAAAGAAAAUUAUGGGUUACCCCAGCCUAAGAAUAAACCCGCAGGAGCCAGGACCUUUGGAGAACGCGGUGUAAGCAGAUUUUCCCCUAAACCAAAGGAAGUGCCAUGUCCUGAGGAGUUUCCUGAUGACUCAACUGUCUGGGGCGUCCGCUGCCCCAAGAUGCUGGCGCCCAGCCCCAGGAGCCCAGGAGGCUUUACAUCCGCCGCACGGCUUGCAUCCACGCCUUCCCAUAAGCUUCUGGUGGGCCCAGUGCACGCUCUAGAGGACAAAGAAAACGUGGUAGCAGCACAGUACGCCCAUGUGACUUUGGAUGCUCGUGAAGGAAACGUGGCGCAACCCUCAGAAGACAGGAAGUUCAGCCCAAUGCAGGAGGGAAGCCUAGCAGCAGCUGCAGGCAGCGCACUGACCAGAGAGGCAGAGCGGGGCCUGGCGGCCUGCACCCUCACAGACGCUGACCUUGCCACGGCGGCGGGGUGCGCAGACACCGUCACUGGACUUGAGGCAGAGCAGGCACAGCCUCGUUCACCAGACCUUGCUGUUGAGAAUCCGUGGGAUGGUGAACUGAUUCUCAAACUUCUCUCCGGGCUUCCUCAGCCCUUGCACUCCCAUCCAGACGUUUUUGAGUGGCAGUGCAAGCUCCCUGCCAUGAAGCCCAAGACCGAGUUCCAGCUGGGUUCUUUGCUGGUCUACAUUGAUCACCUUCUCGGAGAAGGGGCUUUUGCCCAAGUUUAUGAAGUUACCCAUGGGGAUGUGAAGGAUACCAAAAGCAAACAGAAAUUUGUUCUGAAGGUCCAGAAGCCCGCCAACCCCUGGGAGUUCUACAUUGGGACUCAGCUGAUGGAGAGGCUGAAGCCCAGUGUGCGACACAUGUUUAUCAGGUUCUACUCCGCCCACUUCUUCCGGGAUGGCAGCGUGCUGGUGGGGGAUCUUCACAGCUACGGGACGCUGCUGAAUGCCAUCAACCUCUAUAAAAAUACCCCUGAGAAAGUGAUGCCUCAAGCUCUGGUGCUGUCCUUUGCUAUCAGCAUUCUCCACAUGAUAGAACAGGUCCACAGCUGCGAGAUCAUCCAUGGGGAUGUCAAACCAGACAACUUCAUACUCGGGAGCAGAGUUUUGGAACAAGACAGCGAAGAUGAUGGUUUAUCUGCUGGCCUGGCACUGAUUGACCUGGGUCAGAGCAUAGACAUGAAACUUUUCCCAAAAGGAACUACAUUCACAGGAAAGUGUGAAACGUCCGGUUUCCAGUGUACGGAGAUGCUCAGUAACAAACCGUGGACCUACCAGAUUGAUUACUUUGGAGUUGCAGCAACAGUGUACUGCAUGCUUUUUGGCUCUUACAUGAAAGUGAAAAACGAAGGCGGAGUCUGGAAGCCUGAAGGUCUUUUUAGAAGGCUUCCUCAUCUGGACAUGUGGAAUGAAUUUUUUCACAUCAUGUUGAAUAUACCAGAUUGUCAUCAUCUUCCAUCUUUGGAUUUGUUAAGGCAAAAGCUGAAGAAAAUAUUUCAGCAGCACUAUACAAACAAGAUUAAGACUCUACGUAAUAGGCUAAUUGUUCUGCUCUUAGAAUAUAAGCGUUCUCGAAAGUAAGAUAUGGCACUCCCAGAAAUCCCUUCGGGAAUGCUGGCCUGCCCACUUCGAGCUUAGUGUCUCCCUGUUUACUGUUUAUGUAAAUGUUUCUUUCUGAAAUCCGCAAAGUAUAUCCAUGUGACCAUUUAGUUGUUGUCAAUAGUUAAACAAAACACACGUGAUAACGGUCCCUGUGUCGCAGGUGAACCAUGCUGCUCUGGGGACACAGGUAUUUGUGAGAAUAUCUGGAUGUGAACAUACUCUAAGUUUCACUUUUAAAUACUGACCUGUUCACUUAGAGCCAAAAAAGGGCAAAGACAGCUUUUUUUCUAAAUUUGAGGGUUUGUAUUUGUGUAAAAUAAAAAUUCCCCAAAUAUAUUCAAGGGACUCAAGUUUUUAUGAAUAAAGAUUGUCUUUUUCUGCCUGUU